CGAGCAGCUCAGGUUCACUUUUUGACACGACGGAGGGCGUGGCACUCCGCUCGCGCACUCUACGUGACGUCAAAGCAGCAUGGCGGUCAAGGUGCAGUCUACCAAACGCGGGGAUCCAACUGAGCUAAAAGCAGUCUUCCAGAAGUAUGCCAGUAUAGUUGACAAGGAUGGAGAGAAGUUCAUGACCCCAGAAGAUUUUGUCCAGAAGUACCUCAGACUGCACACAGAGAUCCAUCACAACCCCAAAACUGUACAGCUUAUCGCUGCUGUGGCCGACACAACAAAAGACGGACUCAUCUCUUUCCAGGAGUUUCUUGCAUUUGAGUCAGUGUUGUGUGCACCUGACGCUCUGUUCAUUGUAGCCUUCCAGCUGUUUGACAAGACUGGAACUGGAACCGUUUCAUUUGCUAAUGCACGUGACAUCUUCAGCCAGACAACAGUGCACCACCACAUUCCUUUUAAUUGGGACUGUGAAUUCAUCCACCUGCACUUUGGGAAUGACCGCAAGAAACUUCUCAGCUACCUUGAGUUCACACAGUUCCUGCAGGAACUGCAACUGGAGCAUGCACGCCAGGCAUUUGCUCAGAAGGACAAAGGAAAGAAUGGCGUCAUCUCUGCUAUGGAUUUUAGUGACAUCAUGGCCACAAUCAGACACCACAUGCUUACACCAUUCGUGGAAGAAAACCUUGUAUCGGCUGCAGGCGGCAGUACCGCUCACAUGGUCAGUUUCUCUUACUUCAAUGCCUUUAACUCUCUCCUGAACAACAUGGAACUGAUCCGUAAGAUUUACAGCACACUGGCUGGCACACGGAAGGACACACUUGUGACAAAAGAAGAGUUUGUCCAUGCUGCAAACAAGUUCGGUCAGAUCACCCCAAUGGAAAUCGACAUCCUAUAUCAGUUAUGCAGUCUGCACUCGCCUUCUGGGCGCCUGAACCUUGCUGACAUUGAGAGGAUAGCACCAUUGGAGGAAGGUUCUCUGCCGUACCACCUGGUUGAAUCACAGAAACAGGCUCAUGGUGACACUACCAGGCCUGUGUGGCUCCAAAUUGCUGAGUCUGCCUACAGAUUUGGCCUGGGUUCCAUUGCUGGAGCAAUGGGAGCGACAGCAGUGUACCCCAUCGAUUUGGUUAAGACCCGUAUGCAGAACCAGAGGUCCACAGGCUCCUUUGUUGGAGAGUUGAUGUACAAGAACAGCUUUGACUGUGCUAAGAAGGUGCUUCGCUACGAGGGUUUCUUCGGUUUCUACAGAGGUUUGCUCCCUCAGCUUAUAGGUGUGGCGCCAGAAAAGGCUAUCAAACUAACAGUGAAUGACUUUGUAAGGGACAAGUUUACCCAAAAAGACAACACUGUCCCUUUACCUGCUGAGAUUCUGGCUGGUGGCUGUGCCGGAGCUUCCCAAGUGAUCUUCACUAAUCCUUUGGAGAUUGUGAAGAUUCGCCUGCAGGUGGCAGGGGAGAUCACUACAGGACCUCGAGUCAGCGCACUAACCGUGAUCCGUGAUCUGGGCUUCCUUGGCCUUUAUAAGGGUGCUAAAGCAUGUUUCCUGAGAGACAUCCCUUUCUCAGCCAUUUAUUUUCCAGUGUAUGCCCACACCAAGGCUCAGCUAGCUGACGAUCAAGGCAGACUGGGACCUUUGCAACUCCUCACUGCCGGCGCCAUUGCAGGUAUCCCUGCGGCCUCCCUUGUGACGCCUGCGGAUGUUGUCAAGACACGUCUGCAAGUAGCAGCCAGGGCAGGCCAGUCCACCUACUCAGGAGUCAUCAAUUGUUUCAGGAAGAUAUUGAAAGAGGAGGGUUUCCGCGCUUUGUGGAAGGGAGCAGGAGCUCGUAUGUGUCGGUCAUCUCCUCAGUUUGGUGUGACUCUGGUGACUUAUGAGCUCUUACAGAGAUGGUUCUACAUCGAUUUUGGAGGACAUCGUCCAGCUGGUUCCGAGCCAACACCCAAGACCCGCAUCUCAGAGCUUCCUCCGAUCAAUGUUGAGCACAUAGGAGGCUACCGUCUGGCAGCAGCUACCUUUGCUGGGGUGGAGAACAAGUUUGGGCUCCAUCUUCCAAAAUUCAAGUCAACUGGGGUAGUUUCAAUACACGACUCGGACCCACACCAUCCUAACAUCACCCUGAGCAAAUGUGGAACACACCCACCACCUCAGGCACCAUAGAAGUCUGAAUUGUCAUAUCAUACUGCUAUUCCCAUCCUCCUCUACUCGGGGCCAGACAUGCCAAUACAAAUAUGAAACACGCACAGGUAGAAAAUAUGAUACACUCCACAAAUAGGGACCAUUAACAUCAGAAAAGCACACACCAGCAGGGUGGAGAUGUGCUGCACUGGCUCCCAGCCAUCUGUGGAGGUGGCGCGCUGGUUGCAACUGUCAAUGUAAAGCACCAGGCGUUGGCCACACCAGAGCGUUGCGUUGUCUGAGUCCCUGGUUUCUCUGUUCAUUGUUUUUCUUAAGUGUAUGUAGAAAAUGCACCUUUGAAUUUUGUCCAGUUUGCUGUUUGACUGGAGUGCAGGGGAUGUUUAGGUGGGUCAACGUGGUGCAUGGGGCUUUUCUCAUGUUUGUUCCUGACCCAAAGGCUACAUUGUGUAUAUAUUGUAUAAGUGUACUGAAACGUCACAGACACCACAACAUUCAAAAUGUCUGAAGUCAGUUCUACAGUCAUGGUCACUCUCGCAACAGUGUAAAGCACUUACUGAUGUACAGAACCUUUCAAACUGUUUUAUUGGUUAUCAAGAAUCAAGCAGAGAAUUAGUUAUUAAUAAAUUAAAUGUAUCUCAAUUCAGUCAUUGUAUUUUAUUGAAAUAAAUAAUCCAUAUGGUUUAAUUUUA